CAGAACGUCAUCUCUGCCGGUUUCAACAUCAAAAUUCGUUCAAGAUUCAAGAAUUUAAUUGAAAUAUCAUUUGUUAUUUCGCAUCACGCGUACGUGCAAAAUCCAACCCUUCACCGCCACGGAGUAAAGCGCCUUUGAUCGCGAGACAGAUUUAGAUUUCCACGCAAGAAAGGUUAGAAUACUCGUUGAGAAUACACCGGUGUGAUAACUGACGGUAUUGCGAAAGAGGGGUUACAUGUUGGUUGGUCAAAAAAAAAAAAAAAAUUCGGCAUCGCACACGUGAGAGUAAGAUCGCUACAGUAGCACCGUCGGGAAAACCGUACAAAUUGAUUUAACGCGAAAGUAAAAAUGUAACAGUGUAUUCUACUGAUCUUCGAAGUUCGAACAAAUUGUUGGAAGAAAAUUUCGACGAAUGAAAAUCAAUAAACUAUCACCAAUAUCAAUGAUUAACAAGUGCUACAUGAUAGGUUAUAAAGCCAUUAGUGAAAAGAAUGCGUGAACCAUAUAACGUAAGACGUGUCCGCCAUAAGACUUAUAUUUCCGCGAACAGAAAAUUCUUUGAUCAAUUCAAGUUAAACAUCACACUCUAAAGUAUAUGAUGAAGCUAAGUUUUUGUUGAAGAAUUAGAUUCCGCAUAUAUCAGGUGUCUAAAAUUCAUUCCAUGUGUUCUCUGGGUGUAUAUAAAUAGCGUCUGUAGCUGCCAUUAAAUCGCGAGAUACGUUACGCGAUAGCUUCUUGGCGGGAGAUAUGGGAUAUACUUAGCACCGAUUUUACUCGUCUAAUCGUAUCCAGAGGUUUUCAGUUUUUUUUUUCUAACUCAACAACUGCAUUGAAUUUCGAGCUUGCGACAUUGAACCCAGGGAGUCUGCAAGAAUAAAUAAAAAAAAAAAUUAAAAAAAAAAACGGUAUUGAAUACAUAAAAUAAAAAUGUAUUUAGAUGAUUAUUUUGUACUUAAUUUAACGUCUUUUGCUGGCGUCUUUUUUACACUGAUUAUCACUUGCCUCACCGUCAUUCAAAAGUUGAAAAAUAGGUGGCCUGUUAAAGUAAACUGCUGGUUUUGCAACAAUGAUUCGAAAAUUUGUAGGCAACAGAGAGAUUGGUGGCUAUGUCCAUUUUGUGAGCAGCACAAUGGAUUUACAGAGAAUGGUGACUACAAUUACGAUAUACCUGAACAACACAAAGGUCUGACGAAGAACUCAGUAAGAUAUUGCGAGUUGUCUACUCAGAAGGAAUCUUCAAAAAAAAGUAGUCUUUGUUCAAGAUGUAACAGAAAUGAAGAGAUUAAAAUGUUACAUCUAGCUAAUUUCGAACCUUCUUCCAAUAAAAAAUACGACCAUGAACUUGCGGUAUUGAAACAUAAAUUGGAGGAAAAGUACAAGUUAUGCCAAAAGUGUUCCAAAGUUGUUGAAGGUGUUCUAAGUAAACAGGCAUUGUGGCUUUUACAAUAUAAGAUGGCAUUUUUCAAGAAUAAACCUAUUCAGCAUAUCAUCAAUAAUGCAAGAAAAUGGGAACGUGUAUUCCGAAUUCUUUUAACAAUAUUGAAUUCAGCAAUGUUAUUUGACGCCACCUUUUGGCCGCUUCCAAUUGCAGGACUGUUGCUGCAGUUGGGUGCUUGCAUUACAACUCCUGCCAAUAAACAAAACUUGGAUACGCUGAUAGCAUUUUUUUGGAUUUUUAUUAUCAUUUUAAUGCCCUUUUCAGAACUAAAACUGUUGAAAAUUCAUUUAAAAAAUGAAUAUUUUACUGUAGAAUAUAUCACGCAAUUUCAUGUGAUAAUGGGAUUAACUGUGAUAAUUGGUCUCAUGAAUUUGAGAUCUAGUUCGUUCACUGUUCCAGUGAAAUCGAAUGUUGCUUUGAAGAAACUAGAAUCACCUAACAGUAAAAAUAUCCAACCAGAAUGUGUCGUAACAACUGCUGCAAGGAUGACACCAUUUGUCGAAGAAAAAUGUAUUAAAAAUGAAAAUGUAGAUAUUAAACAGUGCCGAUCACCUGUUAAUAUUACAAAUUUAUUGAUGACACCUGUGUCUGUUGAAACGCCAAUGCCCAUCAAGCCAACUAUAUUUAUGCAAAACUCAGCGACGUUCCGACACGACCCCAUAGGAAAAACAUCAUCCAGUAAAAUUUAUCGUACGCAGCAGUAUUCAAGUACAUCAAAUUUGAAUGGUUCUUCAAUUAAAUCUCUGGACGACAAAAAUUCUCUCAACGAAAGCCUAAGCACAUUGAGUUCUCUCUCAUUGAGUAAUAGUGAUCGCAAACGAUUAUCUAAAACUCCGAAAAUAUUUCAAACUAAAGUCUAUGAUAGUCCAAGUCCCGAUUUAUUUAGUAAAAUGAACAGAUCACCAAACAGAAAAUUUUUCCUAAGUCCCCCAAAACUUAAAUCCGUUACACAAACGUCUUGGGUAGCCGGUGGUUAUUGGCAGGCAGGUAUGAAUGCCGCAACACUAUCUAGGUCGUCUAGUCAAAGUUCUGGAUUUGGUUCGACAGGCUCAAAUUUUGUCCCAUCCAGAGAACCUUCUAUAUACAAUGAUUUAGAUCGUUAUUCUGCUGUCUCAGAUAUGACGCAGUGUUGCCACAUGUCGAGGCAUAACAGCAUCAAUUCAAUCCCGUCCUGCUGCCGUCAAGAUUCUGCAUUUUCAUUUCAAAGACCUGACAGUCCUGUCUUUUCUCAGUUUCCAAAAAUACCGCAAGAUACAAACUUAAUUGAGAACAGUGGCCCGUCUCAAAAUUUUUAUACCAGUAAUCUUUUUCAAAAUCACCCGUCUGUGGCAAAUGGAAAUCAUAACAACAACAAUAAUAAUAGUAAUAAUCAUAACCAUAUCCAAGAUGUACCGAUGCAAACUAUUCACACCACUGUUCUAACUAGUCCAGUCUGGCUAACUGCCCUACUAUGCGGUUCUUUAAUAUUUAAUAUGGUAGUCUUGUGCACUACACUUCUACGUUAACACUGCUUAGCAUUAUUGAAUAUAGGCUCUCAAUUGGAGUAUAAUUAAUUUGUUUUUUUUAGCCUGUGCAGAAAUGUUCAAUUCAACAAAAUAAUUGGGGAUUUUCGAUAGAUAAACUUGUCACUUUUCCCACAACUCUCACUUUAUAUAUUUUAACUGUUCGUCAGUCAUUGCGGUUUGCUGACAUUGGUCAACACUGAAAGAGGCUGGUAGAAACUCAUUUCUCAGACUACCUAAACGAAGUAGAAGCAUCAGAACAGAUUUCAGUAUCUCAGUGAAUUACAAAAAAAAGUUCCAAUAGUUUCCAUCUCUAAUUACAAUUAGUAUGAAGUGACUAGUUACAUUGUUUAGUUUUUUUUUUAAAUUAACUUUUAGGUCACAGAUUCACUUUCUUGAAUGUGAUUGUUUGGUUACUAUUAGUAAUAGUAUACUUGACUUUAGUGUUGUUGAAUUGAUUCAAUUUUUUUUCACAUUUAUGAAAAGUGUCUCGAUUUCAAUCAAUGACGAAGCUCUUAGCGAAACAGGAGAAUGCUGUUUCAUCUACACAUUGGUAUACACAUAAGACUUUGAAUUUUACAACUCUUAGGGGACUUUUGAUAUUAAAAAUUAUACCUAUUGAUUUUUGCAAUGCUCGUCACGAAAACUAAUUUUUAAAAAAACUUUUUGAUAUUUAGUAAGCUUACAAAUUCUGGAAAAAAAAAUGUAAUCUAAGGUAUAAAAGUGUUACACUAUGCUGUGUUAAGAAUUUGUUCAAGUCGCAUUUGUGUUAUGUUUUUCAACUUGUGAUAUAAUUACUUAGUAGUAUAAUCAUUAUUUCGUAAAGACCACCAAUUAUCUUGGUACAAAAUUGCACAUAAUUUUCAGUAAUAUUGCUCAAACACCUUAUAUGCUGGUAAUCAAGAUGUGUAAGAAUUCAUUGUGUAAUUGCGAUUAAUAUUUGCCAAUGGGUAAUGGUUUUUCCAUGUUUUUUCGUUUUAAUAUCAUUAUCAACAGCAGAAUUGCAAUUAAAAUAGUACUGCCAGUACCAAUAUACUAUUCUCUAUUUCUAUUUUCAACAGUCACUAUCACAGAGCUUCCAAAUAGUUAAUUUAAUGAACUGUAAACCAAUAAGACUGCGGUAAACAAAUUUUGUUCACAUACUAUACAUAUUACAUACACCUUUUUUGCCAAUGUAAGUGAAAUAAAAUUUUUCAGUUAGCACCUAUAGUAAGUAAAAUCAGUGAAGUAAAUUUGUACUGUGCUAUCUGAAAAAUUCGAAUGGUAGAGUUUCGUCAGUAUUUCAUAUAUUUUAUAAAAUGGAUCUAUAUUACAUACAUACAUACAUCAAUACGUAAUUUAAUCAUGAUUUUGUACAGAACACUUUACCUAUGGUGUAUUUGUUAAACGAAAAAUGCUGUUUGUUAAACCCGUUGAAUGCAUUCAAUAUAAAAUUGAAUAAAACAAUAGAAUGGUUUCAAUUUUCCACUUUUUUUUUUAAACAAUGAUUUGAUUUCUGAGGGUCACUCAUCGUUUUUGAGCAACCACUUUCUUUUCUUCUUACAAAGCUUCUGCACUUUCACAU